CACCAAAACGCAUUCCUCUCUUUCCUUUUCCUUUAUAAAUACACCGGAAGGUGGAUGCCCCUUGCCAUUUCCUAACAGAUAAAAGCAAACCCAUCUCUCUCUCUCUCUCACUUAACACACUCUCUCGCUCUCUCUACUGUAUUUUCCCUCGUUAGGUGCAUUCAUUGUAUGGCCGCCAAUUCCAAAAGCCGAGGGGUUGCUCUGAACUUGGGCAAGCGUGUCGUCAACCAGAUCUGGACCUCCAACUCCCGUGAUCCCUCCCUGCCUUCUGCUCUCACUCUCAGGAGGGCUGCACACGCCUCGGUUUAUGACAAGAACGAGGAGGACCACACUCCGAGCAUUGUCCCGGACCAUGUAAUUCCGCCCCAGUCUGAAACCUACUGGGCUCCACACCCUCAAACCGGGGUAUUUGGUCCCCCAGCAGAGCAAAACUCAGCUGCAGCCAGUGAGAGUGGCCUCCCCUCUUCGACCGUGGAUGGUGGUGAGGGGUCUGUGCUUGAACAGAAGGCCUGGUUUCGCCAUACCAACGUUGAGGACUCGGAGAAGCCUCAUACCCUCUGACCACCACCCACAACAAACACAAUAAGGUCAAGCUGGAACCGCAAUAUAUAAGUAACUAAAAUAAGUAUAUAGGCGUGGCGCAUGUAUGCGGCUGGCUUAUGUAGUAGUAUUUUGGUGAGACAAAUGACACUGGCUUUUAUGUUCAUGGUAUAGCUGAAAAUGUAUUUCAUUAUGGAACUCGCAUAUCCUGUUGAUAUGUCUGUGUGGUUGUGCUUUGUGUUUGCGCACAAGUUAUUUGCUAUAAAAGGCUUGGUUAUG